AUGAUGAAGAUGGCAUCAGUCAAAUUCGGUCUCGUCUGUCUUGUGGCGAGUGUGGCUGGAAGCUCGAGGUCCCUUGCCCCGAUCCAGGAUAUCAACCUUCCGGCCAGCGAAUCUGCUGCACAUCCGCUGGAGCACGUUGGUGCUAAUGGCCCUUGGUUUGCAGGACCCAACGUCCAUGGGAUCUCGUCAGACAUUCCGGAUAACUGCAUUGUCGAUCAAGCGGCGUACGUUCUUCGCCAUGGGUCGCGAUACCCCGACCCCGGCGCUUACAAUGGAUGGGUCUCGAUGCAGAAGCGAUUCCAGGAUGCAAACUAUACUGCUUCUGGCAGCCUCAGCUUUUUGUCAAAGUGGCAGCCAGCCUUGACGAACCCUUCGUCCCAAAUCUCGAACCUCAGCCCGACGGGCUACAAAGAGGCGCUUGACCUUGGUUAUACCAUGCGGACCAGAUAUCCUGAACUUUAUACCGAAGGUGACGACUUUAUGGUUUGGGCCAACAACUACUCCCGGGUUCUUCAGACUGCAAAGCUUUUCGUCCGCGGUUUCCUGGGAACAAAUGCUACGCUGUUCGGAGAUGUAAUUUCCGUAACUUCUCGAGGAUUUCCUGGUGGCAUUGGCGACUCAUUGGCCCCCUCCGAUAUGUGUCCCACAUUCAAGGACACCGAGGGAGGAGACUCCGUGACGAAAUGGAACAGUGUCUACAUCCCCCCCAUCCAGGCCCGCCUACAGGCACUUAUCAAGGGAAAUCUCACUUUGACGCAGAACGACGUGUCUCAAAUCCCUUAUCUUUGCGGCUACGAGAGUCAAAUCACAGGGCGUCUCUCGCCGUGGUGCGACAUAUUUUCCGACGAUGAAUUCCUCCAGUACGAAUACUUCCAGGACCUUCGCUACUACUACGGAGUGGGCCCAGGCACCGACAUCCCCAAAACAAUGAUGACGCCCUAUCUGAAUGCUUUAAUGGGUAUCUUCGACAAAGGUCCUUCGGUAACUGGCAAGCGCGAAGAUGGGUCCUCUUUCAGCCUGCCAAAGCUCAUCAUGUCUUUUCUCAAUGACGGACAGCUCAACCAGUUGGUGGCCGCUUCCGGAGUCUUUGACGAGCAGCAGCCUCUUUCCAGCACCGAGAAAGAUGACGAUCGCUUGUUUGUUAGCUCCAGAUAUACUACCAUGCGAGGAACCAUAGCCUUUGAGCGACUCAACUGCGUCGUGACUGGAAACGAGACGUUUGCCAGCACGCCCCGGAGGUGUAACUCCACACAGCCCCAUCCACCAGCACAAGGCUCACGCAAUGAGACAUACGUACGCAUUCGUCUCAAUGAUGCUGUCUAUCCAGUACCUUCCUGCAAAGGCGGACCCGGCUCUUCGUGCUUGCUGGAUGACUACAGAACAUAUGUUGCUAAAAAGCUUGAAGUCCAAGGCAACUGGAUCAACAACUGCAACGUAACAACCCCAGGAGCACCGACGGAGGUCAAGGGAGCGAGUUUCUACACUGAUCUUAGCAGUCCGUGGUUAAGUCAUGUCGCUCCUUGA